CCUACUUUGGAAAAUAAACUCAAUUCUAUGACCCAAAAUAUUAUUGAUACGGCGGUGGACAGGGUCCUGCUUGAGUGUGCAGACAAAGUGCUUGCUGAAAAUGAUUUGCAGCUUGAUGGUCAGGUGGCAGAGGUUUUUUCAGCAAAUGAUGACGUGCAUAGUUCAGAGAGCCCUCCUACAGAUUUUCUUGGAGUCGGUACAGGUGGUGCUGAUUUUGAUCGUGGCUCUAGUGGUUGCGGUUAUGGUGGUCUAGUUACUCACGCUGAAGCCACUCUUGCCAAGGCUGCUUGUGUCAGGGCUGCGAGCACAGCAGUUCGUGGUGCUGCAGGAGUGGGUACCCCUGCGGCUGUGCUUGCUGCUGCAGCUGUGGAGGAGGUGUGCAACACACCAAAGCGUUCAAAUCCUCGGUUGGCUAAGCAUAAUGACGACGACUCUAUUCAGAAGGCAAAGAAGAGGGCGGCAUGGAAGAAUUUGGACUUCAGUGGAGGUAAUCUUCAGGGCGACUUAUUGGAUCCGACAAUGGUCCAUGCUGCAUAAGAAGGAGGAGCGCCCGUUGUUCAAACGUGGGUGCAGAGACUUGGAGACAAUAUUGAUGGCGGUCUUCACAAAGUUUGGUUGGUGCUUCCGGAAUCGAAUUGAAGCGUAGCUUUUAGUUCCUUUCCAGUCGUUUGGUCGCUCACCUUUGUUGGGCUUAAACUUUGUUGCUUUUUUAUUCCCCGCUUCGUUGUAAGCACUUGAGUCGUAGGGCUUGUUUUGUGGUUGACGCACAGCUGUGUACCAUCGCCGGAUGGUAGAGGCUGGAACUUUGUUCCAUUA